ACCAGAACCUGAAGAUACCUGAGACCUCAGAUACAUUUACUCAUUUACAAGGUCAUUAAUCUGUGGACACCAUGGAGCUCAUCAUUACACUGCUGAGUGGAGAAACACGUUCUGUGUACAUCACACCGACCACCACUAUCGGUGAUCUGAAGCGCACUAUCGCCCAGAUGUACAACACCAGAACCUCACGCCUGAUGCUCUCGAUCACCAACGGUCGCAUCAUCCAGCUGGACCACGACCAGAGGACCGUGAGUGAUUACGGCCUGGUGUCAGGAUCCACCGUGAUGCUGCUGAUCUCCGCGACCUCCAUGCCUUUCCAAGUGUUCGUGAAGAACGAGAACGGCCAGACCAAAACCUACGAGGUCACAGACGAGGAGACAGUAGAUCAGCUGAUGAGGAAGGUGUCCCAAAUAGAGGGCGUACCGGUGGACCAGCAGAGGCUGAUCUUCAACGGCCAACAGCUCCAGUCUGGCCGGAGGCUGCAGGAUUACAACAUCACUCCUGAAAGCACCAUUCAUAUGACCCUCCGACUGAGAGGAGGCUGAAGGGACUAACCCAUGUGGAGAUCAUUAUUUAUCUUAGGAAAGUAAUUUUUUUCUAGGCUACAGUUAUAAGUUAUUAAAAGUUACAGUUAUAGUUAAAUGAUAAGAUCUCCAGG